GUCAAUUGUGGAAAGAGACACUUGUCAGUUGUCAUUUGCUUUACUGGCAAACAAACCAAGUAUAAGGAGAUAACAAGUACAACAAUGAAUAUUUUUGAAUGUAAUGUAAAAAAUUUAAAAUAUUAAGGGUUUGAUUGCAAAUGUCCAAAAACCAAACUCCUAUCCAUUGGUAAUAACAUCAUCUUUAUAAAAGUUACUAGAUCUUCUCAAUUUUGUUUGCAUCCAUCUUAUCUCCACACUUAAAAAAAUGGCUUCUUUUUCUUCUAUUCUCCUUGUUUUGCUCUAUGUUCUUACACUCUUCAAUGUUGGUUAUGGUGGUGAGAUGGAAAGCAUGGAAGAUGGUGAGCUUUUAGGGCUGUUUGAAGUUAUGGGUUCACUCUUAGAUGACCCUACAUGGGCUCAAGUGCACCCACAACCAUGCACUGAUACCCCAUGGCCUGGUGUUCAGUGUGAGCUCAUGGCUCAAGAAGAUGGUGCAAAUGGUCAACAAGAUUACAACCCUACAAUCUUUCAUGUCACCAAGAUUCACAUUGGGACUGAUAUCCUCACACCACCUUGCAAACCCACUGCCACUUUGUCUUCAAGAGGUUUGAUGAAGCUUCCAUAUCUCAAAACUCUCUCUCUAUUCAACUGUUUUAAUGUCACACCAUUUUCUCUCUCUUCAUCUCUCUUUGAAAACAAUUCUUUAUCAUCUUUAGAACACUUAGCACUUGUAGCAAACCCUAGUCUCCAUGGAAGUAUCCCUUCAAGUUUAGGUAACAUUCAAAGCUUAAGGGUACUUUCACUUUCACAAAACAUGUUAAGUGGUGAAAUCCCACAAGAGAUUUGUGGGUUGGUUAACCUACAACAACUUGACCUAAGCUACAAUCAUCUCACUGGCUCAGUUCCACAAGAUAUUGGAAAACUGCAAAGUUUGACCAUCUUUGACCUUAGCUACAACAUGCUUGGAGGUCAACUGCCUUCAUCUUUUGGUCAACUUAAGUCUCUUCAAAAGAUUGAUCUAGGGUUUAAUGACCUUACUGGUAGGGUACCUCAAGAACUUGGCAAUCUGAGCAGGUUGGUGCUGUUUGACUUGAGUCAUAACUUUAUAAAUGGACCAUUGCCUGAAUCUUUAUCUGGUUUGAAGCAGUUAGAAUACUUGGUCAUACAAGACAACCCUAUAAAUACAGGAAUGCCUUUGUUUAUUGGGUCAUUGGGUAGGCUUAAAGUUUUGAGCUUUUCAAGGUGUGGGCUGAUGGGACCAAUACUCACUUCUUUGUCAAUGUUGAAGAACCUGACUGCUUUGUCUCUUGACAAUAACAGUCUCAAUGGGACUGUCCCUUCAUUAAUAGGCUCACUUCCAAAUCUUGAACAGUUAAAUUUGAGCCAAAAUAAUCUGAGUGGAGAGAUGUUAGUCUCACAAGAGUUCAUAAACAGGAUUGGAAUGAGGCUUGAUAUUAGAGGAAACAAUGGGCUUUGCAUCAAGAACAAUACUUCAAGUGAAGUUAAAAGCCCUAUUUCUUGUGUAUCUUCAAGAAAUAGAACUAGUUGGAACAAGAGUUCAUUGGGUGAUCAAGAAGAAGAAGAUGAGUGUGGACACAUGAACUCAGAUUUAUAUCAAAGCAGUUGGAGUUCUAAGAAUCAUUAUUAUGGAUAUGAAUUUAGGUUAUGGUUGGAACAAAUGUUUUUGGUGAUGAUGUUUUUGUUAUUGUAGAGUUUGUACUUUUUAGUCCCAAGUUUUGGUCAAUCUGGUUGUACCAUGUAAUGUAAUCAUUCUUUUCUUGGCCAUA